ACCUAUUUCCAGAAGCCUCUUCCUCCGCAGAAAGACUCGGAAAUCCUCCUGCCAGGAGGAUUCAGGCCCUGGGAAGCUGGUAACUCCCCUGCUGUCCUCUCCUUGCUCCCUGCCCUCCUCGGGAUUCACCUCCACCAGGCACUGGCAGCUGCUUCCACCUGGCCGAGCAUGGAGACGCGGGACCCGGCCGGUCUGGGAGGCUCUGAGACCGAGAGAGGCCAGGGGACAGGACCACGAGCCAACAGGAGCCUGUGUCAGGAGAACACGUUAGAGCAGAGUUGCUGGAUGCCCAAACUGCGGCUCCUCCUCCUGGGGAAAUGUCACUCAGGAAAAAGUGCCACGGGAAACACCAUUCUGGGCAAACCUGUAUUUAAGUCCAUGUGCAGUGGUCAGAUGGUGACUAAAAUGUGCCAGAGAGAGUAUGGGGACCUGAAAGGGAGGGAGGUUGUGGUCAUUGACACCCCUGACCUUUUCUCAAAAGUUUAUGCUGAAGACAAGCAACGCAACAUCCAGCACUGCUUGGAGCUCUCUGCUCCCAGCCUCCAUGUCCUGCUCCUGGUAAUUCGCAUUGGCUAUUAUACAAGGGAGGAUAAGGAAACAGUCAUGGGCAUCGAAGAGGUGUUUGGAUCCGAAGCCAAGAGGCACAUCAUUAUUGUUUUCACUCAGAAGGAUGAUUUGGAAGAUGACUUGCUGCAAGAUUACAUUGAUAACAACAAGUCUCUCAAGGAGUUGGUUCAAAAUUGUGGGGGCCGAUAUUGUGUUUUCAACAACAAGGCAGGUGAGGACGAACGGACUGCCCAGGUGUCAGAGCUCCUCUGCAAGAUCGAGGAUUUAGUGGUUGAGAACAAAGGACCAUAUUGUGUAAACUUCAAAAUGGAAGGCAGCAGGUUCCAGGAUUGUGUGAAUGAAGCUACAUCUCAGGAGGGGGACCAUCCACAUGGUCCAGGGGAGAGGCAGAGGCAGGACACAGGACCUGAGCAGAACCCGGGGACAUCAGAACUGAGGGUCCUCCUCGUGGGGAAGUGCGGCGCUGGAAAAAGUGCAGCAGGAAACAGCGUUCUGGGGAAGCAGGUCUUUGAGACCAAAUUCAGUGAGCAGCCAGUAACCCAGAGCUUUAGGUCUGAGAGCAGAAUCUGGAGAAAGAAGAAAGUUUUGAUCAUUGAUUCUCCAGAUAUCUCAUCUUCAAAGGAUGUUGGAUCAGAGCUUAGGAAAUACACCUGUGCCGGCCCCCAUGCCUUCCUCAUGGUGACGCCACUGGGCUUGUACAACAAGAAAGAUGAGGCGGUGCUGGAUACCAUCAAAAGCAAUUUUGGAGACAAAUUUGUUGAGCACAUGAUCAUUCUCCUUACCAGGAAAGAAGAUUUAGGGGAUGAGGAUAUAGAUAAGUUCUUAAGAAGCAGCAAUCAAGCUGAUCUCUAUGGGCUUAUCCAGAAAUGUAAAAGCAGAUACAGCGCCUUCAACUACCGGGCGACGGGAGAAGAGGAGCAAAAGCAGGUGGAUGAGCUUCUGCAAAAAAUUGAGAACAUGGUGGAGCAGAACAGAAACAAGCCUUGCAUCUUUAGGGAAAAAGAAGCCCUGAGCCUGAUGCUUGUGGGGAAGUGUGGGACUGGAAAGAGUGCAACCGGGAACACCAUCCUGGGGAGUGUCGUCUUCCCCUCUCAGCUCCGAGCCCAGCCGGUCACCAAGGUGUGCCAGAGUGGCAGGAAGACAUGGGAUGGGCAGGAUGUGGUGGUGGUGGAUACUCCUUUCUUCAACCAGAUGCCUGGUGCUGAGAAGGAUCCAUCCUGGUUAGAGGAGGAGAUUAAAUGCUGUUUCUCCUGCUGUGAAGAAGGGACCAGGAUUUUUGUCCUGGUGUUCCAGCUGGGGCGAUUCACCGAAGAGGACAAAGCCAUGGUGGAGCAACUGGAGUACGCCUUCGGGAAGGAUGUGAUGCGUUAUGCCAUUGUGCUGUUCACCCGGAUGGAGGACCUUGGGCAGGGGAAGCUUGAAGAUUACAUCGAGAACACAAAAAACAAAGCCCUUAAGAACAUAAUUACAAGGUGUGGGAGGCGAUACUGUGGUUUUAGUAACAAAAAAACUGGCCAAGCUGGGGAAGCCCAAGUGAAAGCUCUUUUGACACUGGCCAACGAGCUGAGAAGGAAGCGGGAAGGUGAUGGGAAUGCCUAUGCAUGGGAGAAUGUCAUAAAACAAAUCAAACAUGCUCAGGAAAAGUGCAAUAUGAAAAAAAUCGUAAAGAAUUUAAAAGGUUAAUGUAAGUAGCUGAAAUGCAUGGGGUCUCUUUAAGUUAGGGACACCCUCAGGUUGGAGAGGGGGGCAUGGUAGGACUGAUGGAUGGGAGGAGGGUUCACGGCUUUGAGGGCUUGGGAGGUAAAUGUAUCCCACCUUGUGAUGCUUCAGCUGUUUGUAGGUAAAUGAAUUGUGAGGCUGGGGCAAAUAGUAGGGGAAAAGGAGUCCAGGAGUAGACAGUCUGGGGCUGGCGGGCACCAACGUUCCAGCGUCAUCCUGUCUUUCCACCCCACCUUCCCUGGCACGUGGCUUCCACGCUCGUUUGCUGCUUGGUUGCAAGACGGUGGUGUUCUACUCAUGGCUGAGAAGAAAUUAAUAAUACUGAGAGCUGCCUGGGGUGGGCGAAAUGUGAGAUGGAAAAUAGGGAAUCUUCUUCAGGGCAGGUAUAGGGUUAGAUGUUUUCAAUCAUUUCAUAUGCUUUGAUGUCAUUUGCUUAUUUUCUCCCUUACAAUAUCAGGUUACCUUCAAGAUUAACCCAUUUAUAAAAGCAUGGACUGUCAUUAUUAAUAUUUUUGGACUUCACAUAUAACCCUUUACA